AUGAGCUUGAAUGAGGCUACCUCUUACAUCUGCACCUUUUUCGAUCUCGAGAUUGCCUGCGUCAACAGCCCGGGCUCUACUACGCUGUCCGGAGAACGGAAGAUCAUCGAGCACGCCUCCCAGGACCUUGCCGCCAAGAACAUACGACAUCGGGUCCUCUCAGUUGACAUGGCAUAUCACUCGACUUAUAUGAAAAGUAUUGAGGCCGAAUACGUAUACAAUAUCAGUUCCAUCUCCCCAUCAGUCAGUCGGAAAGCAGUGAGGAUGUUUUCGUCCGUGUCUGGCAGCGAGCUACGAUGCUCGAGUCUCGACGCUGGCUACUGGGGAAAGAAUAUGGUGUCCACUGUACAGUUUUCCUCAGCCAUACAGUCUCUCAUGGCUCUUCCAGAAGAUCAGCAGCCAUCAAUUUUCAUUGAGAUGGGACCGUCAACAGUCUUGCGGACUCUGGUUUUAGAUACGCUUGCGACCCGCGUAAAGCCUGAGCAAUUUUGCAGCGCACUAGACAAACGUCAUCCGGGGAUGGCUUCUAUUCUCGAUAUUGCGGGCAAACUAUGGUCAUCUGGCAAGAAGAUUAAACUUCAGAGCGCUAUUUCUCGUCGGUCUGCUCAGCAACGUCCCAAAUGUCUCGCCAAUUUACCAUCCUAUCCUUGGAAUCAUACCAAGUCGUACUGGCAUGAAUCCCAUCUCAGUUUAGCCAACAGAUUUCGUGAGUAUGGUCGUUUGGACCUUAUUGGAGCACCUACUCCUGAUUCAGUAUCUUUUGAGCCUCGCUGGCGCGGCUUCCUCAGGAUUUCCGAAAAUCCUUGGAUUCAGGACCAUCAGGUGCAGAAGACGGUCAUUUACCCCGCUGCUGGCAUGAUAUCCAUGGUCCUUGAGGGAGCUAGGCAGUUGAAAAAAAACAUCGGAGACUUGAUAGGCUAUGAGAUACGGGAUAUGCGCUUCGAGAAAGCAAUUGUUGUACCGACUACUACUCAUGGUGUUGAGAUCGCGCUGAAUAUGCGGGCAGAGCCUGAUGCAGGAAAUCAGCGUUGUCCACACGCCCACUACACGUUUUCGAUCUAUUCAAAGGCCCUUGAAAAGGGCUGGGAGAAGCAUGCAACAGGACAUUUGUACUUUUGCUCUCAGUCGCAGAAUCUGGACGCUCGAUUUGCGGCUUUCCGCGACCAGCAGGAUGAAAUCAGUGAGAGCUGCACGACGUCGGUAAUUCCGAGACAACUAUACGAGCACUUGGAUAGUUCUGGAAUCUCCUAUGGUCCAAUGUUUCGCAAUAUCAUGGAGAUUAAGAAAGGAACCGACCGUUGUAUUGGCAAGAUUCGUGUCCCUGACACUCGAUCAAAAAUGCCGGCCAACUUUGAACACCCGCAUCUACUUCACCCCGCGACCUUGGAUUCAAUGUUCCAGACACUCUUUACCCUAGACUCAAGGCCCAAAAUUCCUCAUCUCGUUCAGAGCAUAUUCGUUUCCGACAGUGUCGACUUGAGCACCAGCCGGGAGUUCGUCGGCCAUGCUACGGCCAAACGGCAGCGCAAUGAGGCCGAGGCGCAGAUCUGGAUGUGCUGCACAGAUAGGCCAUUGGAUCAGAUAAUCAUAAAGGGGCUUUGCUUUAGCGGAGAUCUCUUUAUCUCUUCAGCUGGGCCCUCUUUUCUCCCCAACUACCGGAAUUUGGCAACGGAAGUUGUAUGGCGGGAAGACUCCGAGACUGCGAACUUCAAGUCCUUUAGGCACGCCAUUUCACUUCUCUGUCACAAGUACCCCAAACUUUCAAUUCUCCAAAUUGGAGGUGGGUUUUUGCUUGCAAAAUGUGCGUUAUUGGCGGCUGCAGAAAAUGCAGACCAGCCCGUGCGACUCGGAAGAUAUUCCUUCAUCGAUCAAAAGCAGCCCAACUUGGAUUUCAUCGACGUCAAAAAGACUCCAUUCAGCAGUUACAUAGAGCAACUACCAGAUCUUGCCUCGGUUCAAACCAAAUAUGAUCUCGUAUUGGUCAAUGGGCAAACCGAUGAGGAACUCGCGCAGGCCCAGUACUUCCUCAAGCCCAGCGGGAUGAUACUCCAGUCAAAUACAGCGGGUCUUCGGCUUGAUAAACCAAGAGCAAGCAAUCCUUGUUCGGAGUUCGAAAUGGGCUGGAGCUUGAGCGAAGUCCAAGUCGAGUGGUGUAGGCGCACCGGGAUGCCCUACACCGGCAAGGCGGAUGACACCAUGCCGCCCAGUAUGUGCAAAGUUUCUGCUCGCAGCUCAGGGUUUUAUAUGCCACCUAUUGUCGUGCUCCUUCUUCCCGAUAGUAUUGUUGAAGAGGUCUCACUCUUUGAGAUUCACUUCCGGAAGCUUCUCGCAGUCAACAGUCCAACUACCAGUCUUGCUGCACUACAACUACAAGAUGCAGUGCGCGAUAUCUCGGCCCAUAAUGGAGCGCUCUUUAUCUCCCUUAUCGACUUCUCUCCAGAUACAUCUCUGACGGGAUUCAUUUUCAAAUGGAGCGAAGCAGACUUCAGGGCUUUCCACUUGCUUCAGAGCAAGGUAAACACAAUUGUCUGGAUCACGAGGGGAGCCAACAUGAUACCAACGGCCCCCCACGUUUCACCCAUCAUUGGUCUUGCUAGAACCCUCAUGUCUGAAGAUUUGCGAAAAACAUUCGCUACCUUCGACUUGAGUCAAGAGUCAUCGUUGUCGGAGCCGAGAAUCCUUGACCUAUUUGUCACCGUCUGCCGCGGCUUGAUAGACCCUGCUCUUCGUGGUGACGCUCGUGAGGUGGACUUUGCAGAAAAAAACGGUGCUCUAUUCAUCCCUAGAUUGGAGACCAUGACUAUCUUGAAUGAUAUCAUUGAGAGGGGCGAUAGCUCCAGCAACAUUGUGGAAAAGAGAUUCCGAACUGAGGAAAGUGAAACCGGCAGCCAGGUCCUUCUCGAGUCCUUGCUUCAUACGGAUAUCUCCCCAUCGAGCCCUCUUCAGCAUUCCCAAUUUCAAGAAAUUAAUUUCGGUGAAUUAGGCCCUCGAGAUGUUGCCAUCUCAUUUGAGUCUGCUAUUCUAAGCAGUGGUAGCAAAGGGAUGCUGAGUCAAGGAGAAGGAGUUGGCAGAUGGCAAAGUCACGAGGUUGUUGGCCAUGUUUCUGCUACUGGAAGCGACGUCAAUCAUUACCAGAGGGGUGACAAGGUGACGGCUAUACUUCCGAAAGGUAAUGGUCUACGCAGCACGGCUUGCGUUGAUUCUGCGCUGGUCAUGCACCACAAGCCCGGUUUCACACCUAGUCGAUUCUUAUGUGCGUACUACGCGCUAUUUGACGUCGGUAAACUAUGUCGAGGCAAAGACGUGUUGAUACAUGCUGGCGCCAGUGGUUUCGGUCUUGCUGCCGUGGAACUUGCUCUUUUGUCCGGAGUCAAAGUACUCGUCACAGUUUUGGGGCCGCAUACCGACAGGCAAAGGAAUAUUCUCAAUCGACGUGGAAUUGAACAGGAUCACAUCCUAGAUGGAAACUCUGACAGCUACCCUUCUACUGUCAAGCUUCUCACGCAAGAUAGAGGAGUCGACCUCGUGUACAAUCCUACUCACAAGGACGUCCAGCUUUCGAUCGCGUGCGUUCGGCGAUAUGGCACGGUCAUUCAUCUCGUCGAUUCGUCGAAAGUUUCAUCUUUUGUUAGCGCUCCUGGCAUUCCUGUGACCAUGGUUGGCUUUGAUCUAGCCACGUUGCUCAUCGACGACUUGGACCAUGUCAUUGAGAUGGUUGAUUCGAUGAAUGAACUCACUGCUAAUACAUCGUUUGAGUGGAUGUCGGAUUCUACGCUUCAGCAGAGAUUCGACAUCUCCCAAUUGCAAGAUGCAAUGAAAGCCAACGAUGGCUGUCCAUACUUCGGCUCUGUUUCCAUAACGUCGGAAAUGGCUCAGGGAAUUAGAAUCCCGGUACAAGUACUGCAGAAAAAAAUCUCCACGCCGCUGAAAGCAUCCAUAUCCGAGGACGCCACCUACGCUCUAGUCGGCGGUCUAGGAGGGCUUGGAAAAAGCAUUGCUAAGCUGCUGGUCGCCAAUGGGGCAAAAUAUCUUGCAUUUCUCAGCAGGUCCGGAGCAGCAUCCUCUAGAUCCGCACGAUUCUUGCAAAACCUUUCUGAGCAAGGGGUGACUUGUAAAGCGUUCUCCAUUGACAUCUGCGACCAAGCUGCUCUCCAGGAUCUUCUCCGGGCUGCCGUGACCGCGACCAUGCCCCCAAUUGUUGGCGUGUUUCACUGCGCAGCUGUUAUCAAGGACGCUGUUUUUGAAAACAUGACGUAUGAUAAUUGGUCUUCAGCCUUCAACCCGAAAGCUUUGGGGGCAAGGAAUCUUGUCGAGGCAGUGGAAGCAAUCGGCCAUGACCCUUUCUAUGUCUUCCUAUCAAGUUCAGCAGGCGUCAUUGGCACCCGUGGACAGGCGAACUAUGCAGCUGGCAAUGCGUUCCUCGAUGCUCUGGCCGGGAACUUACGAAUUCGUGGAAGAAGGGCUAUAUCUCUUGGUUUAGGCCCGAUUCUCGGGGCAGGCAUGCUGGCGGAGGACGAAGUCCUCCUCGACAUUUUGCGGGCCAGUGGCUUCUACGGCAUUCGACAUGACGAUUUUCUCACCAUAAUCAAGCAUGCUAUAACCGGGGAGACAGUCACAGGCAGAAAAUUACCGCCUCAAGUUGUUCUCGGUGUUGGCACCGGCGGAUUGAUCUUGCAGAACCAACCGGCGGACCCGUACUGGUCUCGAACAGCGUUGUAUUCAUACCUCGGCAUCAUCGACAUGCCAGAACCGGACCUCAGUGUCCCUGCGCUCUCGGCCCUGCUAGGCAUCAAAGCUGAAUUGGCGAGCUGCAACGACGCUGAAAUCGCCGCCAGUAUUGUGUGUGCUGGUCUUUCGGGCAUGCUCGCCAAGUCAAUGAACAUGACCGCUGAGGAAAUCGACCCAUCCCGACCCCCUAGCGUAUAUGGGGUCGAUUCACUUGUUGCAGUUGGUGUUCGUAAUUGGGUGUCCGGAAACUGCGGAGUAGACGUUUCCGUCUUCGAGAUUCUGAGCGAGUUGACUGUUUUUGAGUUGUCCAGGUUGGUUGCGCAGAAGGGGAAGUUUGGGCUUCGUGCAAACAAGUCUUGUUAG